CAUGUUGGAAACAUUAUUUGGAGAAAUGUAACUAAGAAAACUAGUUGAGAUUUUUCAAAAUGUAAAUAUCUAGAUCAGGCAGAGAGUUUUCUAGCCAAGCCUGAAAUAUGUCGUUAAGCUUCCAGGGCUACUGUGUUUCACUGAUACUAGGCGAGACCCUCAUCUUGUUUUUUCUUUCUUAUUCCACAGCUGUCAAGAGUGUCCUAGGACAUGCAUUUAGACUUAGAAACAGACCCAAAUAGGUAGCUUUGAAACCGGCACAGAUGGCUGAGCUUAUUCAGAGGGAAAGAAGCAACUACCUGGUGAAAGCGGCAGAGGGUCCCGUAAUGUGUGCACAGCUCUGAAGCAGGAGAUGAAGAUGUUUUGCUAUUAAAGCAGUUUGGUCACAGAGGGUUCCAGCAGAAAACUGCACCAGGACAACAUCCCAGCAAGAUGCCUGCAGGCUCGAGUUCUGCUUGACAUGGCCGUGUUCUACUAGACCUGCCAUGACGGCAUUUUUUCCUAGUGUUCCCAACUGGAUUCAAGAUGCAAAGCAGGAGGAGGAAGAGACAGGCUGGAAAUUAGUCCCCAGACCAAGAGGUGAAGAGACCGAAAGUCAGGGAAAAUGCCAAUGUGAAAUAUCGGAGACCUCCUUCACUAAUGUGGACAAGCUGAGAACUCACACACUUUCUCAUACUGAGCAGAGACCGUACAACUGCCCUCAGCUGCACUGUGGCAAAGCCUUUGCUUCUAAGUACAAGCUAUAUAGGCAUAUGGCCACGCACUCUGCUCAGAAGCCUCAUCAGUGUAUGUACUGCGAGAAGAUGUUUCACCGGAAAGAUCACCUUCGCAACCACCUUCAGACCCACGAUCCCAACAAGGAGGCCCUCCAUUGUCCUGAGUGUGGCAAGAACUACAACACAAAACUCGGCUUCAGGCGACAUCUGGCCAUGCAUGCAGCUGCCAGUGGUGAUCUCAGCUGCAAGGUAUGCCUCCAGACCUUUGAAAGUACCCAAGUCCUGCUGGAGCACCUCAAAGCUCAUUCUAGGCGGGCUUCUGGUGGAGCGAAGGAAAAGAAGCAUCCAUGUGACCACUGUGACAGGCGCUUCUACACCCGGAAAGAUGUGCGGAGACACUUGGUAGUGCACACGGGGCGGAAGGACUUCUUGUGCCAGUACUGUGCUCAGAGGUUUGGGAGGAAAGAUCAUCUGACCAGGCACAUGAAGAAAAGCCACUCCCAGGAACUGCUGAAGAUUAAGACGGAGCCAGUUGACAUGCUGGGUCUCCUAAGCUGCAGCUCAUCUGUCGCAGUGAAAGAAGAGCUGAGUCCCGUCCUGUGUAUGGCAUCCAGAGACAUGAUAGGUGGUAAGAGCUUCCCUGGCAUGUUGCCUGUGGGCAUGUACAGCACGCAUCUCCAAACCAUGCCAAGCUCAGGAAUGCCCCAUUCUUUGGUUCCUAAUUCUCUUCCAAUGGGAAUGAGCUAUCCUCUGGAGUCUUCUUCUCCCAUCUCCUCCCCACCGCAACCUCCUCCAAAGUAUCAGCUUGGAUCUACCUCAUAUCUGCCUGAGAAACUACCCAAAGUAGAGGUGGACAGCUUUUUGUCAGACUUCCCUGGCAGCCUGUCUCUCUCAUCUGGUGAGCCUCAGUCCUCUUCGCCUCAGCCGCCCCCCCUGGAUGAGGCUUUGCUUUCCAAGAGCCCUGCUAACCUUUCAGAGGCUCUCUGUGCUGCUAACAUGGACUUUUCUCAUCUUCUUAGCUUCCUCCCCCUAAAUCUUCCUCCUUGCAAUCCACCUGUAUCAUCAGGGGGGUUGGUCAUGAGCUACUCACAGGGGGAGACACAGCCACUGCUUACCACUUUGCAACAUCAACCUCAAGAAUCUCCUGGAGCUGGGGCCUCGCUGAACUUUGGGCCCCUUCAUUCAUUGCCCCCUGUCUUCACCUCCAGCUUGAGCACAACCACGCUGCCACGUUUCCACCAGGCAUUCCAAUAAGCUGAAAAUGGCACUGGAGAACAGAUCUUUCAGUCACCCUUUUGUGGAGAGCCUUAAAAACGCACAACUCUUACUUCCCUUUGGGGUGUGAAAGCUUUGCAAAGCUGUUUCAGACAGGAGGUUUCUGAUCUCUGGAGGGAGCACUUGUAGACUGGAACAGCAGAUAUCCCCAUGCAAGUCCCAGUCCUGUACAGCAAAAAGAUUUCAGCUAAUAGACUGGAUAUAUUUUAUCUAAUUUUUAAUCUGUGAAUCAGGAGCCACGCUUAGCACUGACCUUCCCUGAGAUCCUGGAGCUAUGUUCCUCUUUGGGAAGGGACUGUCCCUGAGAAGGAGUUGAGACUCUUUCAUCUUGGGCUAAACUUUUGAAGAGUCCAGCUUCCAUUUCAUGUUAUCACACUGCAAUUCUGGCAAAACAGCCAACACCUCCACACGGAGAAGGAGGAGAAGUCAGGAUACCCGCUCUGUAUGAAGCCAACAGGGAAGAGGCUGUCCUUCCCCACUACCUCUCAUCCCAUCACCUAAUACAGCUUACUCCACCGAAUACAGCUUACUCCACAUCAGUGUUAAGCAACAAAACCGUUUACAUAGUGAAUUCGGAGACAUCACCUCGUUCUUCUUGGCGGAGCCGUUACGUUAAACUCAUUACAGCGAACGUUGUUUACACAACACAAAUCUGUUUCUGCCAUUACAAAAAUAGGAGGCACCAGAAUACACUGGUUUUAUAUCUGGUGUAGCUAGAACACUGUUUACACAAUGAAGUCAGGUUGCACUGAUUUCUCUUCACUUACCAUGUUCUUCCCCCA